GACCCCGCCUUCCCGGACCCUGGGGAAUUCGCCCCGUCCCGGGGAAGGGGCGGCGGCAGCGUAGUGAGGUGCGGAGCCGUCGUGGACCCGCUGUUUCCUGGUGGCCCGAGCUAGACCCCCCGGGAACGCGGAUGGCGCUCAAAGAUUCUUUCUUUAAAGCCACCGCCCUCCGCCCCCUCCCGAGGCCUGCAGAAACGCAGUUAGUUCGUACCUCUCGUUGCUUUCGAGUCAGCUGCGCCCCCCCUCCCCUAACCUCGCGCCGGAACGAGGGAGGAGUGGUCUAGGCCCCUUUAUUUCUCGAAGUCUUUCCUCACCCCGCCUCUCAGAUUGUUCACGAAUUCCCCUUGCAGACUCCCUGCCCAUCUUUUAGCACCACUAACCCAUCCCCCCGACGCACACGCAGAUACACUUUCCCGUGAUCGUAUCGCCCACCAUCAUACUAGACCUUGGCGAACAUCUGGCCUGUGGUUUUUCAGCUGCCACUGUGACCUGACCGACCCCGAGCUUCGCCUCAGCUGGUGGCUCUGUCUCCCCUUGCUACUUCCCUCCCCUCACCCUCACUCCUCACGGCCAGUUCUGACACUUAUCAAUAUCACCAUCACUCCGUACUUUUUGUCUGGUUUGACUGAGAGUUUGUUAGUUUGUAUGACUUGGAUAUAUAUGCCAGUGUUCGCUCCAUUUUUAUUUUUCUGGACACUGGAUGUUCCUGUCUCCUAGGUUCUUUGAUAUACCCGGUCUAUCUUGGUCCCUGUACUAAGCUCCCCAGAGGUAGGCUCUUAGAACUAGCACUUCGUGGACCACCUUGGUCCAGGGAGCAGUGCCACAUCCAGGCUCUUCCUUAGCGGCUAGGCUUAGAACUGUUGCUUUUUGUCUGUCCACACUCCGCAGGUGACACCCAGGGCAGCUUCAAUCAGAAGCCACCAGGAAGGCUAGUGGAGUCCCUCAUCCCUCCUCCCAACUUCUCUUCCAAGCUGCCCCAUGGGCCUUGAUCCAGAAAGUCACUUCAGAAAGGUUGUGGGGUAGCUCUGGGAGACUUACCGGUGGGAAGUGUGUGACCGUGGAGCAAUUAGAGCUUGUGGCCAUUUCUCUUGGGUCAUUUAUGCUAUUAAUUCUAGCUUAGGAGGGAGGGCAGGGUUGGAGGGAGGAAGGGGACUUUACCUAUGACCAAACACCUGGGAUUCAUAAUCUUUCCCCCUUUCUCCUCCAGCUGUACCCCUCUUGCAUUCUUUCUAUAUACUUUAUUGCAGUAGACAGUCAUUUCAAGGGCACGGCAAAGUUUACUACGAUGUGAGGGACCCUUGAGCUUUACAAACUAUACAGAUGAGAUUUUUGCUGUGAAUCCCCAGCAUUACUAAAGUUCCUGUUAUUUCUAAACUACAUAAUUCUUCAUGGUCCCUUGGGAGAUACUCCUCGGGGUGCCCAGGCUAAGAUUGGGGGGUAACAACAGCGUGCAUUCUAGAUGGUGUGAGACCCCCCCCACAGCCAAAAAAUGGCUACAGCCUUGGAACCGGAAGACCAGGAUCUUUGGGAAGAAGAAGGAAUUCUAAUGGUGAAACUGGAAGAUGAUUUCACCUGCAGGCCAGAGUCUGUCUUGCAGAGGGAUGACCCUGUGCUUGAGACCUCCCACCAGAACUUCCGACGCUUCCGCUACCAGGAAGCUGCAAGCCCUCGAGAAGCUCUCAUUCGACUCCGAGAACUUUGUCAUCAGUGGCUGAGACCAGAGAGGCGGACAAAGGAGCAGAUUCUAGAGCUGCUUGUGCUGGAACAAUUCCUCACCGUCCUACCUGGAGAACUGCAGAGCUGGGUGCGGGGCCAACGGCCAGAAAGUGGCGAGGAGGCAGUGACGCUGGUGGAGGGUUUGCAGAAACAACCCAGGAGACCAAGGCGGUGGGUGACUGUCCAUGUUCAUGGCCAGGAAGUCCUGUCAGAGGAAACAGUGCCACCAGGAGCAGAGUCCGAGUCACCUAUUGAACUACAAGAUCUUGUGCAGACCUCGACCGAGGAGUCCAAUGAGGACAUUACCCAGAGCCCAGAUCUAGCACCGGAAGAGCAGACCCCGUGCCAUGAAUCGGAGUUCCAGCCCCCACAGGAGAGCGAGGUUCCAGUGCCCCAGGACCCAGAUCUUCACGAAGAGAGGAACACUGGAAACCCAGAGAUGGUUGCCCUUCUUACUGCUCUAUCACAGGGGUUGGUAACUUUCAAAGAUGUGGCUGUAUGCUUCUCCCAGGACCAGUGGAGUGACCUGGAUCCUACACAGAAAGAGUUCUAUGGAGAAUAUGUCUUGGAAGAAGACUGUGGGAUUGUGGUUUCUCUGUCAUUUCCAAUCCCCAGACUAGAUGAGCUCUCCCACAUUAGAGAGGAAGAGCCUUUCGUCCCAGAUAUCCCAGAACUUCAAGAACCUCAAGAACCAGAAAUCCUGAGUUUUACCUACACAGGAGAUAGGAGUGAAGAUGAGGAAGAGAAUCUUGAACGAGAAGAUCUGAGUUUGGAAGCUCUACACAGGUCUGUUUUGGGAGAUCCAGAAAUUCACCAGACUCCAGAUUGGGAAAUAGUCUUGGAAGAUGAUCCAGGUAGACUUACUGAAAGAAGAUUUGGUACAAAUAUUUCCCAACUUAAUAGUUUCACAAAUCAUCAGGAAACCAUGCCUCUCCUCCCCUUGUUAGGAAGACAUCAUGACUGUACUGUAUGUGGGAAAAGUUUCACUUGUAACUCCCACCUUGUUAGACACUUGAGAACUCACACAGGAGAAAAACCCUAUAAAUGUAUGGAGUGCGGGAAAAGUUAUACACGAAGCUCACAUCUUGCCAGGCACCAAAAGGUUCACAAAAUGGGCACUGCUUAUAAAUUCCCCGUAAACCAGAAGGAUUUGGAUAAGACCUCCCCUCUCGUCCAGGCUGAGAGAACUCCACGUGUUGAGAAACCCUAUAGAUGUGAUGAUUGUGGAAAACACUUCCGCUGGACGUCAGACCUUGUCAGGCAUCAGAGGACACAUACAGGAGAAAAACCCUUCUUUUGUACUAUUUGUGGCAAAAGCUUCAGCCAGAAAUCUGUGCUAACAACACACCAAAGAAUUCACCUUGGAGGCAAACCCUAUUUGUGUGGAGAGUGUGGAGAGGACUUCAGUGACCACAGGCGGUAUCUGGCCCACCGGAAGACACAUGCAGCUGAGGAGCUUUAUGUCUGUAGUGAGUGUGGGCGGUGCUUCAACCACAGCGCUGCAUUUGCCAAACACCUGAGAGGACAUGCCUCAGUGAGGCCCUGUCGGUGCAAUGAAUGUGGGAAAAGCUUCAGCCGAAGGGACCACCUUGUCAGGCAUCAAAGAACACACACUGGCGAGAAACCAUUCACGUGCCCUACCUGUGGAAAAAGCUUCAGCAGAGGCUAUCACUUAAUAAGACAUCAGAGGACCCACUCAGAAAAGACCUAGCUAGGUCCCAUGUGAGAGAGAUUUGCAUUCACCUCUUACCCAGGGUUGGGCCAGAACAAUCCCUCUUGUCAGCCUUGGAAGACCUUUCUUAGGGAGUUCACUGGCUUACCCAGAUCUACAUAACCUCUUCCCACAACCCUGAGCAGAACCUCUCAAUCUUCUCCACCUUGAGAUAAUUUUGCCCAAAGUACAAACUGAACUGAGGCUUCUCCUGCCUCUACUUCACAGGCUUGAAGUAGGAGAAUUGGAAGACUUUCAAGAGGUUGUGGUAACUAUAUUUUCCCCAAAACCAGGCUGUUCCAUAUCCUAAAGACUACUUAACAGCCUGAAGUUUAAAGUGGCCCUUGACAACCCCUUAGGUUUGGCGAGGGACCAGCCUUUAGGGCUCUGUCCUUACUGGGCUUAAAUCUUAAAGCACACAGCCCUGAACUCUACACAGGAGAUUUGCAUAUUGAUGGCUUUGCCACACAUUCACAGGAUAACUCUACAAAUCUCCCUCUGAUUCGCUUCACCACACACUUUCCUUUGAUCCUGCGGAGAGAUAAGACAAGUGUCUGGUGAGUGAAACCUGAAGGCUGCUUCAUGUGAACUUUGUCAGGCUGCUCCCAUCCCCAUUGGCAGAAUGACUCCUGGUGCCAGGCACUGAUAGGACAGUCAGAAGCCUCUUUCCUCAUGAGUUUUUCUUUCCCUAUUAGACUACUCAUGCUUACAGCCUUCCAACCAUUCUACCAGUCUCUUGGUUGUGUCCCUAGCACCUCUACUACAAGUGAGAUGCAGCAUUGGGUGCUGAGGGAUUCAGUAAAGCAUAAUUAAAUCAUAAUGAGAUUAUUUGCAUUCCCACAUGUCUACAAACCCACCCACCCCACCCUCUUUGUAUGGGUUUGUGAGGGGAUUUUGGAACAGUGUCAUCUUACAAAGGCACUAUGAUAAUUAUACAAUCAUGAUUGACUAGGUCACUUCAUUUACAUGAAGACAACUGGAGAAGAUCUGAGAUCAAACCAUGGAAAAAAUAAGAAAAAGCUGUGGCUGCUGCUAAGGCCAUAAAGAUUAUUCUCCUGACACCCAAUCAUGCAUGCCUCAGUUCUCUGAUAACAGGGAAAAAUGAACCCCAGUACCUGGGAUCCUGAAGAAGAACGGAGUAAAAGGCUUUCAUGUAUUUGUGUUGUUUGCUUUUUCUUACGUGAUUUCAUUUUCAUGUAAUUAAGAACUAAAUAUUAAUAUCUCAUGGCCCAGAGAUCUCUGUUGCCUGACAAAGGUUCCAUGAAGUUGAGGCUAAAUCAAGUAUUUCACCUGCUCUGAUUGUGGUAGUGGAAAGGACUGGGGAGACUGUCCUCCAUAAAUGGAGCACAGGGUAUGGGAUUAAAGCAUGAGAAGGUAGACUGUCUACUGUGCCUGGUUUCUUCUACUCAGUUUCUCAAUUCAUCCUGUGCCAGUGUACACCAGGUGGAUGCGGGAGGGAUAGCCUGACCUCAGUUCUAACAGCUCAACAAGGAGAUUUUCAUUUUGGUCAGUAGUAAUGCUAUUCUAACUAAAUUGUUUGGUUUUUACCACCAGUCGGCCUUCGUCCUUCUGGAAAUACACACGUGGAAUAAAUAAAGGUAGCACUGGCAGCUAAGUUCCCUGGUGUCUGGGACUUUCCAUGAUAACCAUUCACUUUACAGGCCUUCAGAUUCCUGAUAUUUCUGAGAUCAUUCAGACUACAAAGAGACCUGGGAGUACAGAAUAGUUUUUGCUAAGGGUAGAGAAGGGUUGGCAUGUCUAGCAGAGUCACAGGUAGAAUAGAUGCACACUGAAGCAAGAUCUAAGCUUGGAGUUUGUAGAAGAAACUGUCCUGACAGUCAGACACUUAGCCAUAGAUCCAAGGUCAAUGGCAGAGUUUGUCCUGGGUGAAAUGUCAGACCCAAAAGAUAAUUUCUCUUAAAUCAUUUCUGGAAAUAGAUAAAAUACUAGCAGUAACAGCAAAUUUAUUUUUUCACUGUUUAUCUACAUUAUAGUAAUAAAUAAACAUGUCAAGAGGAUUUUACAUAAGGAAAAGUUUGAGAAAACCUAGUACUAUUAAACAUGAAUAUUAUGAAACAAUUCUUAUGAUGAUAAUUCCAAUAUUAUGAAACACCAAAUAAUUCUUUUAUUGCUGAUCCCCUGCAGAGCUUCAUAUGUUUCCUGAGGUUCCUGGAGCAACUAGCUGUCUCCUAAAUCUGAACAUGAACAGAACCACAGCUGCAGCAGUAAGGCUAGUACAGGAGCCUAAGUAGCAGGAGUCUCAUAGUUGGAGGUGGGGACGAGUCCUACUGGACAGGAUGCCCACCCCACCCCCUUCAUAAAGGUCUCUUAGACGAUUUUGUGAGCUAUAAAAUCCUGGAGUUCCUUUAUACUGCACUAAAGAAAACAGGAGGAAAAAGGCAGAAUUUAAAGAUACUAUUUGCAGGAAGGAACUACAAGGUCUAAUAAGUUCAUUGACAGGGGAGUGCUAGAUUGUUAGAAUUGAUGUGCUUAGAAAGGUAUGAAAUGUAAAUAUUAGUGUAUUAGGCAAUUAUUUUAGGAAUUCAGCCUCCUCUUUCAGGUCCCAAGAGAAAUAGGAAAAGAUAAAGAUUUUUUUUUUUUUUCAAAUCCAGAACUUAGGCCUCAAGCUAGAGCAGAAUCUAGUAACUUAGUGAACCGGGAAAUAUGGUAAAUUGGCUUAGCAUCAAAGUUUAGAAUCAAAGGCGGCAGAAGAAAAAAUCUCUUGCCUCUCUCCAAAGUCCAACUCAACUGAUGGGUCUACAAAAGAUGUGUUCUUUCCAUCAGCAGCAGAAUAGUGAACAAGAACAUGACCCUGAGUCUUGCAAAGUUGGCAGGAACUGUUUGCUCCAAUCCUUGCAGGUCAGUUCAGGGCAUCAGCCUCUAGAUCGCCCUUUCACAUGAGGAAAAUAAGAUAAUAUCCUCCCUCCCUGCCCCUCUGCCCAGUUUCCCAGAAAGGACAGUGAUCCAGAUGACAGUUCUUUGGGCCUUAUGAUAGUUUUGCAGAAAUAAAAGUAGACUGAGAAGUAUUAAAUGAUGACAUGCUGUGCAAAUAAUUUGGUGCUAUUCCAUACUAUUUUUAAGUUGUUCUACCUGUCAUCUCCCUCAGAUGACCAAAGUAUUUCUCCAGCCACAAGAACUCCCUGAGAGAAACAGACCUGCAAUUUCUUCCAUCCCCUUAUAUUUCUAGUGAUGUUGACUGAUUCUUUAAUAAAAAUGUGAACUCAAAGAGUUCAAAGAUGGGUGCCUUCCCCAUGUUUCACUCACCUGCAUUUUGGCAGAAUAUAAUAUCCUAUGUGAGCACAUUUCUUUGUAAGUAGAAUGAUUGGAUUCUUCCCUGGGGAAGCCCUGAGAAACAGGCAAGGAAAGAUCUUGAGCUUUCUCUAGAUAACAUUUUUUGUAAGUCAUCCUUAAUAGCACAAAGAAAGAAAGAAUGUUUGCCAGCACAGCAGAGGUAAGGAUAACCCAUAAUGUGCAAUUCUAGUUCAUAUUAUGUGUGUAUAUGCUUAUGGGGGUCUCAGAUAGAAGAAGAGGGAAUGCAAUUUGAGCCCUUAAAGAAGGGGUCAAUCAGCAUAACUAGAUGACUUAAUCAUUUGCACAUAUAGGGAUUCUUUAGAGGAAAUUGGGAGCUAAAGAAUAAACUGUAGAUCCAGAAGCUGCAACAACAGGUAACUGAACCAAGAAAAUCCAACUCUGCAAAAAGAGUAUAAAAAACAAAUUUUGUUUAGGUAGUAUAACUCUUAGCUGAGUAAUGUUCUGUGCAGAAUAUAACAAUACUUUAAAAAGGCCAUUUGCAUCAGCAGAUUAUUGAAAGUAGAGUCUCAGGAUUUCCUAUAAGACUACUGUUCUGUGGUUCCCUCAUUAGUUGUACAUCUGAUGUCCAGGAGACUAUUUGUCAAAUGAAGAUUUCCGGAAGAGGUCUACUUUUUUUUUUUUUUGC